GGUUCAGAACCAACAUCUGAAAUUGGACCAGGGAAAUCCAGGACUACUCCCCUGAAGUGUGCUUCCUGUCUCGAUCACCACCAUGAAUGCCAAGGUGAAAGGGUCACGUUUAAUGCUCCUGCUGAUGUCAAGCCUACUCCUGUGGAAGAAUGUAGCUUCCCAGUCCAAAUGUAUUGGCAGAACUGACCACUGGACUACAUUGCCACAUCUGGUUCAGCACGCAGUCACUUUGUCUGACAAUAUCCACGUCCUCACUUCAGAACUGUACCAGGACUUUAUAACCCUGUACUCCGUGGACCGAGACCUCUAUUUGAAGAAUAUGAAAAGUUGUCAUACAGCCUCCAUCACCACCCCUCUUGACAAGGAGCAGAUCCUGAAGAUGAAGGAAAAGGACAUGAUCAUCCUGGUGAUUCGCUUGAUGUCCUCCUGGGAUAACCCCUUGAGCCACCUCAUAGCCCAAUCAGUUCGCCUCCCAAAGAUUCCCCAGAGGUUCAUGAAGAAAGCUGAGUUGAUCCGGGAAAAAAUGCACUAUCUUCUAGAAGGCCUGGAGAUCAUGACCAGGCAGGUUGGCCUUCAAGACACAGACUAUGCGGACUAUGCUAUUUGGACUGAACCCCCAUCCUUGCAGUCAGCUGAGGGGAAAGAUUUCAUUGAUACUUUUCACCACCUGUGCCACUGCUUCCACAGGGAUAUAUAUAUAGUGGACAGUUUACUAAAGGUCCUAAAAGCCCAAGUAUCCCAUGAUAGACACAACUAAGCCCAUAGCCCUUUUUGCUGUUCUGAGAAGGAUCUUAAUGACUAUGCCUUGGACAGAUUCUUUUAAUUUUAAAUAAUUUCAUUUAUUUAUGGGUAUAAUAUUAUGAAGUAUGUCUUCUCCAAAAAAUAAAAACUGAAUAUUUUGCAUUGUC